GGGAGUGAAGAGGUAGAAGCAGUUCUCCUGUCAUUCAAUAUUUUUCUUGAUUAGCAUCAAAUUCAUAAUGAAUAUCCAUCAUGUUCUGGUCUUCUGCUUCUUAUCAGGUACAACUGGGUUUGUCAAAGCCAGCAUUUGGGUUGGGCCUGAAGGAGGGAAUUUAUCACUUUAUGGUUACCUCACUGUGUCUGGAAACAUAAAGUUCUUCUGUAAGGAAAAAUGUGAGAGAGCAGAAAACAUCCUCAUUAAAACAGAUGGAACCACAGCUCAGAGCGGCAAAUUCAAGAUUGAAUACAAAAAUGCAUCUUCAGGAAGAGGAAGGCUGUCUUUCACCAUCACACAUGCAAUCAAGUCUGAUUCAGGAAGGUAUCGAUAUGGUUUGGGUAAAUCUUCAGCUCCAGAUUCUUACUCAGACAUUGAGGUCAGAGUUUCCAAUGAAUUUAAUAAAAGCUCUGGAUUCUUCCGUGCGCAGACUGAGGGAGAUGAAAUCUCAAUUCCAUGUGACAAUGCUGUCCAUGGACAGAGGAAGUUCCUUUGCAAGAAUCCGUGUAAAAAAGAAGGAAAUAUUUUCAUUGACACAACUAAUGACAAAGCUGAGAAUGGCAGGUACAGCAUCAAAUACACAAAAGGAUCUGCGUUUGGACUGUAUGCAACCAUCAGACAGCUGACCAAGUCUGACACGGGACAGUACUGGUGUGGUUACGGCGACCCUUUGUCUCCUGAUUCAUACGACACUGAUGAUGUUUUUGUUGUAGAGGCUUCAAACCCACACACCUCUGCACCACCAACAACACAGACUCAGAGUUUCACUUCAGCCGUCUCCACACCUUCAUCAGAUUGUCCCGACUCCUUCUUGCCUCUGGCUGUCUGUCUGAUCUCAGUUGGUGUUUUGCUGUUAUCGGUUGUUUUGCUGCUCCUCUACAUUUGGAAGAUAAAGAGGAACUUUGGACAAAACAUCAGAGAAUAUGCUGAUGACACAAACAUGGAGUUAUCUGUCACAUAUGAAAACUGGGGCCCAACCUCCAAAAAUGAAGACAUCAGAAACACUAGGAUCAAACCUACUCUGCUUUUAUAGACACUGAAAUACGGAAAUAUUCCUUCUUUAAGCAGCAUUUUUAGCUCCUGAAGAUCCUGUUAUUGCCAUCUCCACUGCACGCUGCAAUAUAUAGCCAUGGACAGAAACCAGUUUAUUGUCUCAAAUUAUCUUGCCGUUCAUGUGGAACAUCACUGAUGAGCUAAUAGAGUUGGAUCCCUUCAGUGAGCAGUUUUAGUAGUUUUUAUUUGAAGGCUCCACAGUUCUAAUCAUUUCAGUUCAACUGAAUUUUAUUUACACUGUGGCAAAGGCACCUCAAAGCGCUUUAUACUGUAAGGUAGACCCUACAUUAAUACAUACAGAAAAAAAUCCAAC